UGCAGCCGAGAUGAGGCUUUCUGGCUGACCGAAGAAAGGCGAGGGGUGGGCUCAGAGCCCCGGGAAGUGCUCGCUCGCGGCCCCACAGCAGCGGUAAAACUGGAGUCCCGCUCCAGCAGAGCCCGGCGUCAGAGCGGAAGCAGCGUUCUUUCUCGAGCGGUGGCCUAGCGGCUCCGCGCCUCGGCGGCCUCGGGCUUGGCUGCCCGGAGCUAAGAGAGCAUCCUCACCUGGUAAGAGGGAGGAGGGGAACUUGGUGCGAGCCUCCUGCGGCGCCAGAGAGCCAGAGCCAGAGUCCUCCCUGCCGCAGCGGUUGUUAAUGCCUGGGAGCAGCCAAGGUUCAUUUGUUUUCUCUCCGGAUGUUUGUCUUAAACAUGGACAAAUACACCGCCUUCCAGGGUCGUACUGUUUACCUUGCCAGCAGAACAUCUUUUUACUUCAAGACGUUUGAUACUCCCAAUCUCUGAAUUCUGGUGUUGAUGUUGAAUAUGCCUUAUUAGCAUAUUAAAAUGGCUGUACCCAAAGACGCCAUCCCUUCCUUGUUGGAAUGCCAGUGCCAGAUCUGUGUGGAAAUCCUGAUUGAGCCUGUGACACUCCCUUGUAACCACACGCUCUGUAAAUCAUGCUUCCAAUCGACUGUCGAAAAGGCAAAUUUGUGCUGUCCCUUCUGUCGCCGCCGGGUCUCUUCGUGGACUCGGUACCAUACCCGAACAAAUUCUCUUGUCAAUACGGAACUGUGGGAGAUAAUUCAAAAACACUAUACAGAGGAAUGCAAGCUUAGAGCCUCUGGGCAAGAAUCAGAGGAAAUUGUUGAUGACUAUCAGCCAGUUCGCCUAUUAAGUAAACCUGGGGAAUUAAGAAGAGAAUAUGAAGAGGAGAUAAGCAAGGUGGAGGCAGAGCGACGAGCCAAUGAGGAAGAAGAAAACAAAGCCAGUGAAGAAUACAUACAGAGAUUACUGGCAGAGGAGGAAGAAGAGGAAAAGAGACAGGCAGAAAAGAGGCAAAGAGAGAUGGAAGAACAACUGAAAAGUGAUGAAGAGCUGGCAAGAAAGCUAAGCCUUAAAAUUAACAAUUUCUGUGAGGGAAGUAUCUUGGCUUCACCCUUGAAUUCCGAAAAAUCUGAUCCAGUCACAACCAAGUCACAGAAGAAAAGUAAGAACAAACAAACAAACACUGGAGAUAUUCAGAAGUAUUUGUCACCUAAAUCUCAACCUUGGUCAGCAUCACAGUCUGAAGUUGUACAAGAAGACAGGAAAGACUCCAUAUCUAAGGAAACUGACAGCAGUGAUGUGAAGAGCCCUACAUGGCAAGACACAGAAAUUGAGGAAGAUAUGCCAACACUUUCUCCUCAGAUAUGCCUUGAAGUUCAUGAACAAGGUGCCCAAUCUUCAGUGGAGUCACCUAUGCCUCAGUUAUGUGCCAGUGGUAAAGAAUGGUGCCUUGAAGGAAAAGUCAAAACAAGACCAAGCAAUCAUGAAAAAGAGUUAUGUGUCAUAAAUCAUGAGGGACCUGAAGCCAGAGUUCCCUACUCUGGAGAAGCUGCAAUUAAGCCUUGUGGCAAAACAGAGAGUGGGUGCACUGUAUCAGAUAUGACACAGAUAAUUAGAAAUAACACAGUUGAGACAGAAAAUGAAGAGUCUCACCUACUGAUCAAUAAAGAUAUCUCCAAAAGAAAAAACCAGGAAUCUUUGUCUGAAGCAGUCAGGGAUCCAUGCUUUUCUGCAAAAAGAAGAAAAAUGUUGCCCAAAGCUUCCUCAGACCAAGAAGAAACAGAAAUGAACUUUACCCAAAAACUGAUAGAUUUGGAAUGUCUACUUUUUGAGAGACGUAAACAAGAAGAACAGGACAGGUUAUUAGCAUUACAGCUUCAGAAAGAGGUGGAUCAAGAACAAAUGAGGCCAAACCGGCAGAAAGGAUCCCCAGAUGAAUAUAAGUUACGUGCUACAUCCUCACCUCCAGACAAAUCACUGAAUGGACAAAGGAAGAAUUCCAAAGAUAGAAACUUCAAAAGACAAACUGAUCUAGAGCAUCCAAAACCUAGGAGAGGCUCAAAAAAUGAAAAUUGGCAACCUUCUUUUAAGAUCCAGUUGAAACGUUCAGUUAAUGGAAGAAAGAUAACAAAUUCUACUAGAGAUAAUUGUAAUGUAUCUAAAACUCCUCAUUCCCUACAGCCUAGUAAGUCACAGAAAAGUAUUUUUCAGAUGUUUCAGAGAUACACAAAGUAGUGCUUGGGUAAGGGGAGUGUUGUAUAAUCUAGUGAAGCUCUCUAUCAUAGAUUCUUUAUAAACUCUUCAUUAAUUCUGCUCCGUGGGCAUACUCACUGUCCUUAAUUAAAGGACGGCGUGAUUACAGGGGAGGAAUAUACAAAUGUGUUUCUGCCAAACUCGGUUGUAAGCAAGAGUCCCACUCCUUCCCUUUUUUUAAUAACUGGUGUACUAAAUUUAAGUUGACAGUCCUUAUGGAUAUAAAAAUGCCUUGGCCAACUCCCAAGAAAUCUUCAUUUCCAUGCAUUUCCCACCGUAUGCAUGUUUUGUGGCCUUCACGCACCUUUUUGUACUGACUAGUAAUCAAAGCAACAUUAUAAUAUACCAAGUAGCUAAGGAAUCCAGGCAGGGUUUAGAAUCUAAGUUUUCUUGCAACUUUCCCAUAUAUUUGCAGAGUACUUGAAGUACAUCUUCCAUAACACUAAAGUAAUCUAAUUUCCAUGUCCACUUCAAUUACUUUAAAUAUUACAGCAUAUUUUUUUUGACUUAAAAUGGGUUAGGAUCAACGUGAAAGCAGAAAAAUCAGAGUUUUCUGGAAAAUUAGGACUUAGUUGACAGAAAGGAAACUAGACUCUUGAUGCAGAAGUAGCUAAGCUUGGGAUGAGGCUGAGUGGGGUAGAUUGACAAUUUGGAGGCCUUGAAACUGAGUGGAUGAUCAGACAGCUGGGUCCAGGCUGGAGUAGCAGGUGUAGUUUGGCAAAGUAUUCUUCCUCGUGCUUUCUUUGCUAGAUGGCACAGAAAACAUUUGGGUUUUAACAGCUUUUCAUAACAUACUACCUAAUCUGCUAUUCCAAAAAAGGUGGGGGGAAUUUACUGUAGGAGAGUUAUGUCACAGUAUCCUAUGUUGUAGAACCUGACUAACCAUGUGUUUAUUUCCUUAUGUUAUCCUUUGUAUUGAUACUGACUUUUUUUUUUUUUUUUUUUUUUUUUUUGCGGUAUGCGGGCCUCUCACCGCUGUGGCCUCUCCCGUUACGGAGCGCAGGCUCCGGACGCGCAGACUCAGUGGCCAUGGCUCACGGGCCCAGCCGCUCCGCGGCAUGCGGGAUCCUCCCGGACCGGGGCACGAACCCGCGUCCCCUGCAUCGGCAGGCGGACUCUCAACCACUGCGCCACCAGGGAAGCCCGAUACUGACUUUUAUUUGUGUUUAUGGACAAAAAUAGAAAGUACGAUAUUUGGGUUUGGCCCUGUCUUGCCCCCGAAAGUUAAAUCAGAAGGCUGCGAUUUCAUUUUGUGAAAUUUAACUUAGAGACUGUUAAUCUUUUGUUUCAUUAAUAUGAACAACUUUGAGCAAACAACCGUUUUAACAGCAUUGCUGUCGAUAUCUAGUUAGCCAUCCUUUUAAGGUAAUAAUGCAAUAUAAUGUCCUAGAGCUAAUAAUUCUAGCUUAAAUUUGUCAGUGUUUUUAUACAUAAUUAAGAUUUUUUUCCUCCAAAUUUUGUAACUGAAAUUCUGUAAUCUUUGCAUACUUGAUGGCGUCUACUUCAAUAUUGAUUGGGUAAUUAUGGGUAGAAUUCUGAUGCUAAUUUAAAUUUUAGUUUGCCCUUUCUCGAAAGUGAUUGUCCCCUGAGUAAUGAUUGUGCUGAAAUGUAGUUUUGUUUUUUUUUUUUGCGGUACGCGGGCCUCUCACUGUUGUGGCCUCUCCCGUUGCGGAGCACAGGCUCUGGACGUGCAGGCUCAGCAGCCAAGGCUCACGGGCCCAGCCGCUCCACGGCAUGUGGAAUCUUCCCGGACUGGGGCACGAACCCAUGUCCCCUGCAUCGGCAGGCGGACUCUCAACCACUGCGCCACCAGGAAAGCCCCAAACCAAUGUUUUUUAAGACCAAUUUUGCUUUACACUUUAGUGACUCUUCAAAUUAAAAGUUAUAUAAUUAAAUCUUCCUGGAAUAGUCCAUGACCAAAGAGGGGGGAAAAUAGUGUAAUGUAUUUAGGAUUUACAUAUAUAACCACUUAUUUGUCUGUGAAGAAGUCCUCCUGACUAAAGUUGGUUUUAAGAUACAUUUUAAUUUCUCAAUUAAUCUUUCUGAUACUACCAUGUAUGCAUUUUUGUGAGAAACUAGUAAAUGUUUUGUGUCAGUCAUUAGAAUUUACUGACACUUUCCUCCCAUUUUUAUGGAAGGGAUAUGAGAGUUUAAUUUCUCAAUGAGUGCUAAAACUAUGCAGGGGUUGAGAAUCUGAAAAUUAAAAUAAUUAUUAAAAAUUGAAAUGGACUAUGUGUUUUUCACAGUUAAAAAUAAAAACACAUGAAAAUAAAAAGUUCUGCAUAACAAAAACUACCAUAAAGGAAAAUUGGAAGACAUGGCAAACUUGAGAAGAAAUAGAUACAACCCAUCACAAAGAGCUUAUUUCCUUUAUAUAAAGUGUCUGCCAAUACGUUUAGAAAAAGACUAACAACCCAAAAGGAAAAUUAGAAAAGUUUAUGUUCCCAAGAAACAUAGUUCCCAGGAAAUAAUAUAUAAGUGGCUCUUAAAUGUGUGAAAAGAUGCAUAAUAUCACUUAUACUAAUACUCAUACAUUUUUCCACCCUUCAGAUUAGUAAAGGUGUUUUGUUUUUUGGGUUUUUUUUUUUCCCCCAGUCUUGGCAAGCAUGUGGGUAAAUAGGCACUCUUAUAUGUUGCUUGGUAUGAAUAGAAACUUUUAAAGCCCUAGAGAGGUAACCUUGGCAAUCUACUUCUAGGAAUUUCUUAAAGCUGCUUUCACAUAUAUGUAGAAUGGCAUGCAUAAAACAUUUUUGUUUGGCAUUGUUUGUAAUAACAAGCUUAGAAACAACCUUAAUCAUAUCAAGAAACACUAAACAAAUGAUGGUAAAAUAGAAUACUAUACAGCAAUUAAGCAAAAAACCCACUUUACUGAUACGAAAAGAACUAUAAGAUAUAGUUAAACAAAAAAUACAAAAUGUAGAGUAGUGUACAUAGUGUGCAACCAUUUAUCCAAAGAAGAGAAAUAUAUAUUUAAGAGAGAGAUAAACAGUGUUGCCAGCAGGGAGAGAAACUGGGUGGCUGGGAGACAGGAGUGGAAGAAUGACUUUUCUCUGUAUGUUCUUUUAUAAUUUUAAAUCAUAUUGAAUAUAUUAUCUCAAAAUUUAAAUGUUCUUAAAAUAUUACAAGAUUAAGGAUACUUAGGCAUCUCAACCUAUACCACUCUAGACAGUCCUUUUUUGCCUUUAAAUUCUAAGAAUCAUAAUUUAGGAAGGUUUUUCAGUGCAAAAAAAAAAUAACGUGAAUUUUUGGAAAUAGCAUUGUGAUUGAAUUUGAAUAUAUUUAGCUUUAAUGUACUAUUUUUAAAUUAUUUGAAAGCAAAGCUUAUGCUUUUCAGGUAGCAAUGCUGCAGACCUGCAGUCCUGCUGAGAACAAUGAGAAAAGCCAGAUAAAAAUGUAAAAUUUUUACAUUUAAAAAUUAAAAUGCUUUACUUAAAAGCAUCAGAAAGCUACUGAAACAAUGAGGACUAACUUAGGGACUAAGAUUCUAGAGAGGGGAGAUUUGAGAGGUGAACUGAUGUUUGCAACCACUUUUUGGCUUGUAGCAUGUGCCUAUUCUGAAUGCAGGACGAGAAUCGGGGCUGCUGCUGGUAAACAGAGAAACCGGCAGAGCUCUUGGCCAUGUCAUGAAGCUGGAG